CCGAUUUUCUUUUGGUUGGUUCAGGUUAUGUUCCUAGCAAGAGACUGAGAAUGACAUCCAUACCAGUAAGGAAGGGGACUACAGGCAACAGAAGAAGUGGAAUAGGAAAGGAAAAUGCUGAUCACAACUCCCAUGCAGACAAUGAUAGAAGAAAGCAUUUCCCAAAAGAAAAUAAGCAUAAUCCUAGACCCCUGACACGUCAGAGCAGUAAAAAAGAGUUGGAAGAUGAGAGUGGUAAAUUGCAUGAAGAAAUCCAAACGUAUGAAAAGAGACUGCAAAAUUUGGAAUCAACACUUAAUACUACCAAGGAAGAAUUGAAGCAGAGUAAGGAAGAAUCAACAAAGGUGAAGGACACCUGUGAAAGAACGUUACUGUUAUGUAACAUUGAUCCAGUUACAGUAGAGAAGAUUUCACCAAAGGCAGAGGAUGAAUGUCAAAUACAGCACCGUAGAAAUCAAGCAAAGGUACAGGUUUCACUUCUACAAGAAAAACUACAUCUGCUCAAUACUCAGGCAUCAGCCUGCAUUCAAGGUUUGCAGGAGAUUUCAGCAGAACUUGAUCAUUCACACUGCAUUCAGACUGGAUCCACCAAUACUGUGAUACAGCCUGAGACUGGUACUCUUACUGUGUGACAAAAGAAGAGUCAUCCCGUCUUGUCAACUGCAUAGCUAUGGAUAUAAUUGAGUGAUCUGUUCUUGGUUGGAACUGAACUGUGAGACUGUGUGUGGAGUUAUUCCCUCUUAGUAGGAACUG